AUGUACGCCGCUCAGAAUAUAACGCCAACAGUUUUGGAUGCCAUGAAUGGAAAUGUUUCCGAAUGGUAUAACGAAUGCGACAAUGCCAUUAGAAGGUCAGAAAUAGUUCCUGGAACUUACGAAUAUACAACUGCUGUUUCUUAUGGAAACGUAGGUGAGUUUGGAGAAGGUUCUUCAACAACAGUAGAUAUUGCUUGCGACAGGUUUCAUAUUAUUUCUAUUGACAACUCAUUCUUAUACGUGGAACAAGACAUUGAAAUAAAACCUUCUGCCAAGUUGUCUGACAAGAAAGGUUGCAAUGGAAUUUUCUAUGUCGGAUACCAAUAUGCUCCAGAAGUUUUCAUGGGAUAUAAGAUAUAUUCUAACUCUGACUUAGUUCAAACAGUAACAUGGGCAAACUAUGAAUGGUUCGCUUUGAGAAACUCAGUACAACCACAAGCUAGAGAACAAACAGACCAGUAUGCAACUAUUGAGAAAAUAAGAAGACUUGACCCUAACGUUCCAGGAGUUUAUGUUAACCUUUCUGGACAAACUGCAGCAGCAGUAACCAAAGUAAAAUUGAAACUUAGAGUUCCUUUGUCAUCUUUCCUCAUCUUCAGGUUUUUAAGAUACUUGCCAAACUGGGCAGGAAAAAUUUCUAUCGAACUUACUCCAAGCAAA